AUGACGACCAAAAUAAAGGCUACCGCUUAUCGUUUAGCAGGUGGCUCGAAAACGGUAUAUAGUGCGGAUUACGAGGAGAAAAUUUCGACCUUCAACAGUUUUAAGAAACAAAUUGAGAAAUUAAUUGGUCUCGUGGUUACGUUGGUCACCGACAAUCUGGCAACUGAACUGAAACAGAAGGUCUCAAGGGACACUGUCGAUAGCGGCAUGAAUAAGUUCGAGAAAGUUGGGCAAGCACUCUAUAAGUAUAGUAGUCAGAUCGAAGAUGAUUCGGCCGUUGCAGUUCUAAAAGCAGCUAAGGAAGUAUUUGAUGACGCGGGUCAAAAACAUCGCUCAUUUCGGACAAACAUGUUAGAGAAAGUACAAAAACCUAUGAAAGAAUGGAUUGAGACAAACGCCAAGCAUGUGAGCAAAGAGUUGAAAUCUGUAGACAGUAAGCGAGACGAACUGGACUGCGCCAUUAACAAGUUACGGAAAAAACCGGAUGAUCUCGAGGUUCAGGCUGUGAAGGAGCGCGCCGAAGGCACAUUUAAAGAUGAGCUUGAAAAAACUGAUAAAUUAUUGGAUGAUGAAAUCAUGGAAUCUGUAAGCAGAGCGCCAAAGUAUGAGUUCGAUAAAGAAUAAGAGAAAUUUAAUGAAAAAUAAAUGGGAAGAUAUGUGAUUCCCUUCACUGUCUUCAGUUCAGGACCUUGAAUGAAACGAUUCAAAACUGAUAUUAUAAAAACAUUAAAGAGUAAAGGAUUUCCUAUCUGAAGAAUCUGGC